CUGUGGAGUUUGUGAAGCCAACAGCAGCACCAUGUUCUACGGUUCUUCCUCUGGGGCCAGCAUGUCCCUGCCAUCCAAGAGCCGGCUGAAACGCCAGAGCAGGACCUUCACACAGGUCCUGUACCGUACGCUGAGCUACAGAGACCGCGUCCCAGUAGAGACCGGGACAAACACCCGCGGGGACCGGCGCUCCACCACCGAACCCCCGGAGCGGCCGGCCGACGACCCGGCCGAACUGUCCACGCAGAGCUCGGCCCCCGGCGUGCUGAAGAUCUUCGGGGAUGAAAUCUGUGCCGGCGCCAACUACAAGAGCGUCCUGGCCACCCCGCGCUCCAGCGCGCAGGAGCUGGUCAAAGAGGCGCUGGAGCGCUACUCCCUGAACAAGAACGCGGCCCACUCCUACGUGCUGUGCGACGUGAUCGGCCGGUUGGAGGAGGAGGAGGAGGAGGAGGUGGAAGGGGGCGGCGGCGGGAUCGGCGGCGGAGGAGGCGCCUGGCGAACCGAGUGCCUGCGUGCGAUGGGGGACAACGAGAAGCCCCUGUUGCUGCAAGAGCUCUGGAAACCCCGAGAGAGACACGCUCGCAGGUUUGAGCUGCGCCCGAGAACAGAGGUGGAGGAAUUCAACGCCAAGGAAGACACCGUCUCCGCAGGGCCCAAAACCUCCCAAUUCCUGGCGGCUCUAAUGGGUCGGUCCGGGCUUGGCAAGCACAGGAGCUCCCCCCUGCGCUGUGGUCGGGUGGUACAGUCCAGCUCUAAAGAUAUUAACGCUCAGGCCCGUAAGCUCCAGAGGAACAGGGCAAAGGGCACCCUGACGCUGCCCCGAUCCAGCAACUCGUCCUUCAGUCGAAGCCUGAGCGAGACCAGCCUCAACCAGCUGGGAGUGGGAGAUGAGCCCAAGCGCUACUACUCCACCCUGCCGGGGCCCCUGAGGGCCCGGGAGCGCGAGGCGGCCUCAGGCGGCCGGAGGAAGGAGGAGGGGGGGAGUCAGCCGGGUGUGCGGCACUCGCUUUACCAGUCCCCGCACCUGCUGCUGCUACAGGGGUACAAUCAGCAGGACUGCUUGGUGUACCUGCUGAACAGAGAGCAGCACACGGUUGGUCAGGAGACUCCGUCGGCCCGCCCCAACAUCUGCCUCUUCUCCCCCGACAUCCUGCCCCUCCACUGCCGCUUGCGCCGAGUCCCCGCGCCCCGUCGCCACGCCAACGGCAGCACCAAGGGGGAGGAGGCGGAGGGGAGCCCGCGGUCCUGCGUGGCGGUGGAGCCGGUGCUCCACGCCGCGGUGCUGGUGAACUUUUCCCGAUGUGAGCGCUCCACCACGCUGCGGCACGGCGACCUGCUCUCGUUCGGGGCGCAUUACAUCUUCCUGUACAAGGACCCCACGGGCGCCAAGCCCCUCCCCGCUCAGACCUUGGCCCGCCUCCGCUCCCUGGGGCAGGUUUACGACGCCGGCUGGGAGGAAGGGGAGGGCGGCGCGCACACUUGUAAGAUGUGCGGUUCCGUCCUGAAGGACAAGGCGGCGCAGGUGUCCAGUGUUCCCGCGAUCCGACGCAGCUUCAAGCCCCACCUGGUGAAACCCCGCGGCGGGGGGCCGGCGGCGGGGGGGCCCCAUGGUUCGACCGGAGGGGAAGGAGGACGAGCGGGAGGCGGUCAGAAAAGAAGGCUGCAGCUGGAAUUUGAUCAGAGUCACGAAGACCAGCUGCUGAACAGGAUCGUGUCUCUCAUCGAACCCGGAGGAGACGACCAUAAGCUGACCCCUGCCUACCUGCUGUGUCUCUGCAUUCAACACUCGGCUUCAACCUUCCAGCCGGGGAGUUUUGGGAAACUACUGCUCAAGAUCGUCCGACUAAUCCAGAGCAUUGCAUGGGAGAAGACAAAGGAGCUGGCUCAGAAGCAAGCUCAGCAUAACCAGGACCCAGCCAACCUGUCUCUGCUCAGUAUCUCUGACUUGAUCCCAGACCUGCAGACCAUCUUCUUCUGGAUGUCCAACUCCAUUGAGAUCCUCUACUUUAUACAGCAAAGAGCACCGGCGUACACACACUGCAUAGAGACACUGCAAGGGUCAAAGGAGUCGCUGCUAUCUGCGACCAUAUCAGCCAAUGAGGAGGCAAUGACCAUCUUGGAAGAAGUGAUAAUGUACACUUUCCAGCAAUGUGUCUACUAUAUCACCAAGGCUCUGUACGUAGUGUUACCAGGUCUGUUGGACUGUAAUCCGUUCCCAGUCGACAGCUCUGAGCCCUGCUGGAAAGGAGGUGUCGGGUUUCCCGAACCAGUGCGCAGGGUCCUCCAGGUGUUUCAGAAUGGCCAGGAGCUUCUGCAGGGCUACCAGGUCCACCUGGAGAUUCAGGCUCAGAUGUUUGCAUAUCUCUUCUUCUUCUCCAACGUGUCUCUGUUUAACCAGCUAAUGGACAAAGGUGCAUCUCGGGGUUGGUUCCAGCGCUCGAAGGUGUUGCAGAUUCAGGCGUGCCUGCGGAUGGUGAUGGAGUGGGCGAGCAGGUCCGGUCUGGGACAUCUGGCGGACAAAUUCUUCACUAAACUCAACAGCGCUGUGUCCAUACUGGCCACGCCCCCACAACAGCUCACACAGAUGAGUUGGCGAGCUUUGUCCAGUGAGCAUCCGGCUCUGAAGCCGGUCCAGCUGCACAGGAUUCUCACUCAGUACCAGCUCACAGCAGAGAUCGGCCCCGUCCCAACAUGGCAACCCGGCAGCGAGGAUGAAGCGUAUAUAUACAGAACAGUGGACCUCCUGGAGAGCUUUGAGAACCACCCCCCCAUAGUGCUGCCCAGCGCCGGCUUCAGAGUGGACCUGGACAGCGAGUGUGUGGAAGACAGCAUCUACAGGCAGCUGCUGUACGUCCGCCACUAUCUGUGGGGGCUGCGCACCAAGACGCAAACGCACACCAACACUGUGCACACACACUCCAAUGGAACCAACACAGCUGACUGGCCCGACGUCCAGACUCCACACGCGACUCAGAGGGAGUUGCUGCCCGCGGCCCACAGCAGCCCCCGCGCUGCGGGUCCCGGGGACGAGGGGCCGGCAGAGGCGGGAGAGGACAGGGGACGGGACCGGCCCCCGGGCCAGUCGCACGCGCACAGCCUCCGAAGGAACGGCACCGUCCACCACAGUCGCACCGCCAAUCCAGACCCGUCCUGCCUUCUGACCCCUCCCAAAGCCCCGCUGUACCCGGAGGGAGGAGGAGGAGGGAACAUCAUGGGCCCCAACACUCACACCAACGGCUACACCAUCAGAACGGUGGCGGAGAGUAAGAAGAGCAACGGACUCCUCAGCAACGGACUGGAGGGGUGUAUAAGUGGGUCUGAGUUUCCUUUCCCUGUGUCCUCCCUUGGCGCCUCUUCCCUUCCUGAUGACUUGUGUGUGGUGUUUGUAGUGGAACUGGACAAAGGACCCUACGGACUGGGCAUGGGACUCAUCGACGGCCUGCACACUCCUCUCAACGCUCCGGGCAUCUACAUCCGGACCCUCAUCCCAGACGGGCCGGCGGCCUCCGACGGCAGACUGAGGAUCGGAGAUCGCAUCCUGGCCGUGAACGGGACCAGUCUGAUCGGAGCAGACUACCAGAGCGCGGUGGACCUGAUUCGCCUGGGAGGAGGCCGCCUCCGCUUCCUGGUGGCCAAGUCUGACCCCGACGUCUCGGAGAAGAUCAGCGCCUCCUCCUGCUGAUCGCCCUCCUGAGCCGUGAGAGGACAGACGUGUGCACGCGCAGAUGACGCUCCGAACCGCUUCCCCUCCCGGCGAACCUGUAACCCAUCACAAGGAAUACGCUGCGAGGGCAAAGUGGCCUAAUUAAUCAGCGGUUGAGGCACGCCAGGUAAUACGCCAGAUAACACGCCAGUCUGAUGUGGUUUUCAAAGCACAGCCGAGUUUCUCUUCAGUCCGCGAUCAGAGCUUGUGACCACAUCACUUUUUUUUUUUUUUUUCACCUGUAUUUUUAGAAACUCAGUCAUUAAGUAGCGUGGUAAAAUAGCUACCCAGCUCUCUAACGGAAGGACUCUGAAACGCUUCUUUAUGAUUCCAAGAGACUUUGCAGAGGAACAAGAGGACGCCCUCGGUGAACCUGGAGGCUUUUACACAGCGCUUUAAGUGCGUUGGAGGUUUUAUAUUUCGGUUUGUUGGCCACUCAAAGUCUGCUCAACAGACCCUUGUGUCCAAAUGUUGCCUUUAGUCGUUUUGUACUGGAGUGUGGGUCACCGAGGGAGGCGACUCGAGACCCGCAGACCUCUCUGCUCUCCCAUUUCCCUUUUAACUUAACCGCUGGACUUUAUACCGCAGCUGGGAAAAGAGCAGCUGUGGGGAUGUGCAGAUGUUGUGGGACAUUCUUUAUUAUAUAUGACUGGAUCAUCGGGGAAACGCGCUUCACUUUCUAAUGCACAACCCCUGUUUAAACAAAGCUCACUUUUGUUGUGAAUAUAUGCUUUAUGUAUCUGGUUACGGGGAGUGAAAUAGUGUGUAAAUAUGUAACACUUGGUCACACACUGUUUGAGCAGUCAGAAGAGAAACUAAUCAAUCAUGGUCAAUAUACUGGUCACUAAAACCUACGGAUGGAAAGGAUUCUUUUUCUAAAAGUUAUAAAUGUAUUAAAGUACUAUGAACAGGAAUUAAAGCUGCACUUUUUGGGGGGGCGACGACACCCAAUUUACAAAAAACUUUUGUACUGCUUUGAGCUGUGCACAAUGCAGGUAAGAGAACCAACAUGUUUUCAUGUCAUUCGGCUUUUUAAGAGUUCCAGAUCGCCUUUUAUUUUUAUAAAGUCCAAAACUUUGGUCACUGCAGAAGGAAAGCCACGAUGAGUCGGUUCUGUGCCACGCGGCGUCCUGAUGUGACCACCGUUCCGGGAGCAGUAACCCGCUGCAGAACCAGACGUUUUGUUUGCUCUCAUGUACAAGCAACUGCCCCCAACUUACUACAAAUCUUCCUUCCAGUUGAUCAAAAUAAUCUGUCCAAAUCCAAAAGAUUUCUUUUAAAAGUAUCAAACCCAAACAACAUAUGAGAAAGUUAAACCAGCACCAAAGCUGACGGCUUCAUUUCUAUUUGUCAGCCUGAACAUCGUUUCUCGCCGCCUCAGCUUUGUUUUACUUUACUUUUUUGCAGUAACAGUUUGAGUUCUCAAAUUUGUAUUACAAUGAUCUUGUGCAUGUCCAUUAUUUAUACUGUUGUGACAAUGAUGGUACCCAGAAUAAAGCUGGUUGGAUACC